CGAAUGUACCAAUAAAAUAGAUUGCUCAAGGUUUCUAAAUAGCGCGCAAUACGAAAUCAUGUAAUUCCGUGUGAAGAUGGACUCACCGAUUACUGAACUACAACCAAGUGAUAACUAUAAAAGCGCUUUCUCGGAGUACUUCGUCGAUAAUACAAAAUGCGUUUUGUCUGCGGGGGCGAUUGCGGGUAUUGUUGUCGGUGUGAUCACACUCGUCCUUCUGGUAGUCCUCAUAAUCCUACUGGUAUACUGCUGCCGAGUAAAACACCCACGAUAUCAGUCUGCCUACGAUACCGAAGAGGCACAGGGAAACAAGUCCCAUACAGCCGAACAUGCGCUCCAACAAAAAUUGACAGGACACCCUGACGUAAAACAUGAAUUGUACAUUUGAUUAUUCCUUUUGUUCAUAUCCCACCGACUUGAAAAUGCUUUCACACCUUCCGCCACAGCUUUUUGUAUAGAUACAAUGAGUAUUGAUUCAAUUCCCCUUUUCCAUAUUGUGCACACAAUAUGGUGCAUACAAUGGCCUUCCUCUGGUUACAUUAAUCGCAAUGAUUUUUCCGUAGGAACUGACUUUGUUGACGUUGUUUUGAUCUUAUUUUAUUAUAACCUUCUUUGUGACAAUCUUUGUUGAAAACUUUUUCUAUUGUAAGCGCCAACUCAAAAACAUUACACGGAAAGCUACAGGCUGCUUGACACAGUUCUACCUAAUCUGACUCGUGAUACAAGCAGUAAAUUCAUUUUGCACAAAAAACUGCGAUAAACCUGCAGACACUUUUCUAUUCCAAAUGUUUCUCGAUGGAGUGGAUUGGAUUCCUUCAGCUAGUAUUGUUUUAUGAUUUUUUGUGCUGUCUUCAGCUAUUCGGAAAGCUAAGUAAAAUUCUUGUUACGAUUCUGUACUGCAACC